AUGCCCACUCAGCGUUAUCAUCACCAGGACUCUGUGGUUGGAGACCUCAUCAACCCAGUUCAGGGGAUUCGCGACGAGCAGCGGCGGAAGGGAAUCCAGCCCAAGGACCAUAUGGCUGAAAAUCGCCGAAUCAUUCGAAAUAUUAGCCAUCAAAAGCAGCGCGAGGCCCUGAAGAAGGAGGAGGAAGCCAAUGCAGAGAAAUUCAAAUUAGCGGAAUACCAGAACGUAGGGUCUCGAGUCAUGCAAAAGGUGAAUGAAGCGAAGGCAGAAGAGCCGAAGGAUUUCCUUAAAGCUCACUCCGGUGCAGCAGGAGCUCCCCACAUGUAUCCCAGAGAGGCCACCACAGCUGGGUCUUAUGUCCCUCGGCAAAGCGCCUUGCCAAGCGUUCCAAAACAGGAGGAUCUUGCGCGGGAGUAUGAGGAACGCAAACAAGCCCGAAUCACCAAGGAGGUCAAUAUCAUCAAGUCAAACAUGAACGCUAUAAAGCGCCAGACAGAGGCCAUGAGGGCAGCCGAGGCUGCUCGGGCGGUAGGAGCCGAGCAGACACACAAGCGCGGAGAAGUCCCGGCAUAUCUAAAGCGGUUUCAGAAACAGCACGCUGCUGAAGAGGCACAGAAGCAACGGGAGCAGGAGGAAGCUAGAGAGCGUGCUCGCGUACCCCAUGGGACGCGACUUGUUGGGCCCGAAGAGAAGGAGCAGCUGCUUUCUGAGUUGCGCAAAUCUUUACAACUAGAACUAAAGCGACUUAACUCCUUUAGCGUGGCCAACGAUUCCAUGCAGCUUAUUAAGGCACGAGAGGAGUGCGAAAGAAAAAUAGAUCAGAUUGAAAAGACCAUUCGUGAGUUUGAACGCCCAGGAGACCUGUUUUUGGCACUCGACUAG